UCCUUACUUAAAACACUAUAACGCCUUACAAAAUUUGUGAAUCUUCAUAACAAUGGCUGGAGGAAAUAUGGCUCUAACUCCAACCUUUGUAGGAUCUAAGUCAAUGCCAAUUAGAAACCAUGAAGCAGCAGAGAGAGCCAAUAACAACAACAACCUGAGAGCGUUACCAAAACCGGUUCAACCAGUUUCAUCAGUCGAAGGAGAGAUGGCUAAAAGGCCAAGAGGUAGACCAGCUGGCUCCAAGAACAAACCAAAACCACCAAUCAUUGUGACUGAAGAUAGUCCAAACUCCCUCAGAGCUCAUGCCCUUGAGAUCAACUCAGGUAACGACAUAUAUGAGACUUUAUCAGAUUUUGCUAGAAGGAAACAAAGAGGACUCUGCAUACUUAGUGCCAAUGGUUGCGUCACCAAUGUGACAUUAAGACUACAGCCAGCUUCAUCAGGAGCUAUUGUGACAUUACAUGGACGUUUUGAAAUCCUCUCAUUCUUUGGUUCAAUCUUGCCUCCGCCAGCACUGCUUGGUAUAAUUGGUAUGACCAUUUACUUAGCCCGGCCUCAAGGACAGGUUGUUGGUGGUGGACUUGUUGGUGGGCUAAUAUCAUCUGGACCUGUUGUUAUCAUGGCUGCAUCUUUCAUGAAUUCUGUGUUUGAUCGUCUUCCUCUAGAUGAUGAUGAAGUUGCUUCUAUGCAGAACCAGCAGUACUAUCAUAAUGCAAGACUACGUCCUUUAGAUGACAUUCAUGGAUUGCCUCAAAACCUGAUCACUAAUGGAAUCUCUGGCUCUGAUAUUUACUCUUGGGGUCCUGCACAGCGUGCUAUGUCCAAACCUUAAUAUCAUCCCUCGUCUGAUCUCCAUGCAUGGUUCAUCAUAUUGGUAUUAGCAACGUCGUCGUUAUCCAACGUUUUAGCUUCACGGGGUAUGUU